CCCACGUGCUAACCUUUCCCCUAGUUUGACAGUCGGCACUGCAUUUUUGAUAGACGCUUCGUUGACAAAGAACAUUCAAAAGUUUAGAAGCCUACCAAAAUAAUACAGAGUGUACUGUCCUUUCCGACAACCCUUCUGCUCUCAUCCGGAGGUCCCGGUUCGAGGAUGUGGACGACCACUAUAGCACGAUGUACCCUGCCGACCAUGCUCAAGCGAAGCUCCGUCUUGGCCUGCCAUGCCUUGAGGGCUGGGGGUAGGCCUGGAUGGGCAGCCGCCAUCUCCUCAUCUCCUUCUCUUCACCUGACCUGGAGGCAGCUCCGUGGGCACGGGACCCAAGCACCCGCCCCGCUCCCUUCCACCGCCCUGGGGGAAAGCCCUGGGGUGAGGCAGGUCCGGGCCCUGGAGCAGGAAAGGCUACUGGAGGUUGAGUGGGAGGGCAGCGGACAGAGCCUGUACCCGUACACAUGGCUUAGGGACAACUGUCAAUGCCCACUGUGUACCCUGCAGUCGGCCCAGGCCCGCAGCCUGCUGCUCUCCCAGCUGGACAUCCACACUGGGGUCGACCGGGUCCAAGUCACUGACAACAACAAGGUGUCCAUAGUGUGGCCGGACCAGCACACCAGCGAGUUUGACCCAGAAUGGCUAAGGAAACGGUGCUUCUCUCCUGCUGCCAGACAAGCCCUACAAGAGGAGCUCUUCCUAAACGAGCGUGUGUACUGGGACUCAGAGCUGCGGAUCCCCACGGCCAACUUCGAGGAGGUCCUCCACGACGACAAGGCCGCCCUGGCCUGGCUGCUGGCUCUACGUCGCGUGGGCAUCGUCUACCUGAAGGGGGCGCCGGUGGAGCAGGGUCAGGUGGCCCGCCUCAGCCAGAGGAUUGGAUACCUCCGACUGACAUUCUAUGGGCACACAUGGCAGGUGCAGGACAAAUCCCAGGCUAACAACGUGGCCUACACCUCUGGCAAACUCAGUCUCCACACUGACUAUCCAGCACUGCACUACCCACCUGGAGUGCAGUUCCUGCAUUGCCUGAGCCAGGCUGGCGAGGGCGGGGAGAGUGAAGCGGUGGACGGCUUCCACAUGGCAGAUCAACUGAGGAGAGAAGACCCCGAGGCCUUCAGGACCCUCACUUCCCUGCGGGUGGACUUCACCGACACAGGGUCCGACUACUGCGACUUCAUGGUGCAGUCCAAGAACCACAUCAUAGAUGUUGACAGUGAUGGGCGGGUGGUCCGGAUCAACUACAACAAUGCCACCAGGGACUCUGUGCUGGACCUCCCCCUGCACCAGGUCCAGGCCUUCUACAGCUCCCUCAAGGCCUACGUCCAGCUGAUGACGCGACCAGAAAACAUGCUCACCUACAAGAUGGAGCCUGGCGACCUGGUCACCUUUGACAACUGGCGCCUGCUCCAUGGGCGGAAGAGCUUUCAGAGCCACCCAGACCGGGUGAGGCACCUGGAGGGAGCCUACCUGGACUGGGACGAAGUCAUGUCUCGCCUGCGGAUACUCUGCAAGUCUGUCCACGGAGAGAGCUAGACCCGCCAAGCCCCCAGAGCGAAGCCUCCUUCAACUAUAUAGAACCGCAUCAAUCUACAACAGGGCUCGCCAACCCUUUUCCUGGAUAGCUACCGUCAUGUAGGUUUUCACUCCAACCCUAAUCUAGUGCACCUGAUUCUAUUAAUUAGCUUGUUGAUAAGUUGAAUGAAUCAGUUUAGUUGCAACUGGGAGUGAAAACCUACAGGAGGGUAUCUCUCCAGGAACAGGGUUGGAGAGCCCUGAUCUACAGAAUUUCUGAGCGGCCAAAAGAGGCAGAUGCUAAUUGUCUAGUGGGCUACGGCUACUCGUGUGUGAGUCAAGAUGGCUGCCAGUUUUUUGAACAGAGUGACAAUUGGGCAAAGUGCAAGAAGAUGGGGAAAAGGGUUGAGCACUCCUAAAUGAUACACACUCCCCUUUAUAAGUGCUAACAGAGGCAUAGAAGCUGUUUAUGAGUAGCAUACCUAUGAAGAAUCUGUCUUACUGUAUGAAGCCGGUAGACUAUAGUGUCUUUGUUCCUAGGGUUGUGUAAGCGAAAAUAUUGACCUAUCUUUCCCUUUGCUCUAAUCUAUUUUUCUAUCGGCCUGUGUUCUGGUGGUCAUAAUUUGGCAGCACUUUACUACAUCAAUGUCUUAAGGGUGUCACGUCAACAAGAGGUGAUGAAGUUUUUUCUACCUCUUGUAUCCAGUAGUAUAGUUCAGUUUCAGCCAUCUAACCUUAAGACAAAAAAAGUGUAUAGCACUAGUAUCAGCCCCACAAAUCAAUCAUUUUUUAAUAACUUUCUUUACAAUAACUCUUCGUACGUAAAAUGUAUGCACAUGCAAGUUUGGAUAAAAGCAUAAGCUAUGGGAUUAAUCUAAAUUUACAGAAUGGUUACCUGAAUGAAAUUGGGUGAAGGUCAUGCUUUUUCAAUUUCAGUCAAGGGGAGGGUUUAGUAUUUUUUUUGUUAUCUAGUCCAGGGGGAGGGUCAUGUAAUUUAUCAAUGUUUUAGAAUAACUUUUCUCAGAUUUUUCGCUGGGUGCUCAAUAUCAAGUGUGCAUAUAGACUCUUUAGUGUAGUCUCCAUCAAAUGAUCCAUAGCCUAUAGGCUACGAAGUGCAUGCUCAGAGAAGCACAGAGCAAAGUUAUAUUUCUAAGAUGGCUGAUGAUGGUGUAAAUACAACUAGGCUGCGUUACACACCGCAAUGGAUAUUCCAAUCCGGAGCCCCUGCCUGCUCUGGCUGAUCAAAAACGUUUUUGUGUGCUGCCUAACCAAUGGCUGUGCUGUGUAGGGCUACAGUGGCAGUUCAGGAGGCUUCUACAAAUGUCAAAAUGGACUAGCUAGUAUGGACUAGUCUAUGUUCUGUUCAGUUUGAGAAGGAGAGCGCAACAAUAUUUCUCGCCCAUUAUGUAUUUAUCAGAGUCAUUGACCUCACAAGAAGCCAGACUCGAGUAACUUACAUCGUGUCGCUGAAACUUGAAGCAGCAGCCACCGUAUCAAUCAAUCAGAAAUAGACAGCUCAUGGUGCUGAAAGUAGGCAUAAUUCAUUUCAGCAGUCUUCAUUUGAAUGAGACUUUGCUAACAACAAGAGGUCUUUGUGUUGGAACCAAUUUCUUCCUAUUUAAGAAAUAAGAGGUAGGCCUACCUGUUUGAUAGAUGAAAUUAGGCAAUAGAAUGCUAUAUCCAUAGAUUUGUCGCUCAAUUACUCCAACCUCUAUGUCAAUGACAGGCUGUUAAGUUAAAACCAAGACUUGACGGAGUAUGAAAGGGGAUACGAAUUGACGGGGUAUGAAAGGGGAUGCCAUCGUCCUACCUUUUAUUAAAGAAAAUAGCAAAAAGCACCGACUUUUGUUCGCUUAAGAUUUGUAAUAAAAUUAAACUGAUCCGAUUUAUAUAAAGUGAUGUAUAACAGUGCCUUGUCCCGAGAUGCUUUAUGCUUGUGUUCAGAAACAAGCAUGAAGGUGUAAAAUACCCGGGAAAGACAUUACUUCAUGCAUAUGGGAAUAUCACUGUUUCGUUUUUUUGACAUUGAGGCUGAGAUUCAACCUUUUUAUAGCCCGAUAAGACAUAAGACUUUGCUUGGGAAGUAAUUUAAUUCUGCCACUAUCAAUUGAUUAAGCUAUUCACUUUCUGUAGGCUAAAAUAAUGUUUAAACCACAGAAGAACAGAAGCCAGCAGUUAAAGCUUACAUUUUGAUGCGUCGGUAAGUCUACUCUGUCUGGGUUGGAAAGGUAGGCCUACUCUGUCUGGGUUGGAAAGGUAGGCCUACUCUGUCUGGGUUGGAAAGGUAGGCCUACUCUGUCUGGGUUGGAAAGGUAGGCCUACUCUGUCUGGGUUGGAAAGGUAGGCCUACUCUGUCUGGGUUGGAAAGGUAGGCCUACUCUGUCUGGGUUGGAAAGGUAGGCCUACUCUGUCUGGGGUGGAAAGGUAGGCCUACUCUGUCUGGGUUGGAAAGGUAGGCCUACUCUGUCUGGGUUGGAAAGGUAGGCCUACUCUGUCUGGGUUGGAAAGGUAGGCCUACUCUGUCUGGGUUGGAAAGGUAGGUCAAACUUUUGAAAGUACCAUGUUUAGAUUCCUAAUGACGUCUCAGAUUUAAUUAUUUGCAAACAAGACACGGAUUUGGCAUUGGAGAAAUAUUGUAAGAUUAACACUUAAGCCUCUCUGCUAAUGUUUAGAAUGAAAUUUCGGUAAUUUGUGUGGUAUUUAAAAAUACAUGUGAAAUUAUGAAUUUAAUUACAUUUUUAUAAAAGGCUUCUUUUUUUUUUUUUUUUUUAAACCUGGCAAAUAUGAUCGAUUAAUGCAAUGCUUUUACUAUAAAAGGAGAUGUUUCCACCCCUAGGCUACUCUUGUCCAUGGUGGUCUGCAUGCUUCUGGCCCGCAGCACAGUGCGAUAUCAAAAUUCCGGCAUUGCCAUGUAAUGCUUACAGGAUGAAGAACAGUUUAUAAAAGUGCGUAUCUAAGGUGCAGGUACAAUAUAUUUUGCAGAAGGGAGGGCACUCCAUUUUCAUUUUAAAGAGGUUUGAUUUUCUCCAUGUAACCCUUUAUUAUAAAUAACUCGUCCUCUUCAGUACACGUGCAUGUUGAAAGCCACAUUGUGCAACUUGGCAUUUACUCCAGUUCCAGUACAAACAAAUAUUUGCUAUUCAGUUACAAUCGUCUAUUCUUUAUUACCAAUAUAGUUAAUGCUAACAGCACUCAUUGUAAUAAUUUCAGGUGAUAUGGGAGUCAGUGCCUUCACAAAUGUGUUAAUUUAAAAAAAGGGUAUUGUCUGAGACCAUGCUAGUAUUGCAUUAAAUCUUCACAAAUAUUACUCUAGAUUUCAUUCUUAUGUUUUCCAAAUAUAUGUAUGCACAUUGGAUAUGUGCUACAUCAUUUUGGUGUUCAUCCAAACUUUGAGACAAAAUGGAGGGCUUUAGUUGACAACUUUUAUUUUGAUAUUGCCAAAGCUGUACAUGUUCUAUAAAUACUUAUUUCAAACACAAAUAUUUACAACCUUUUCAAUUAUUCCAUCACUUUCUCUCUCAACAGCAGUAGGCUAGCUAACACAAUAAUAGGGUUGGUUGGUUUCAAAUGCUCCCGUUUCGUAAUGUUCUCAUUAUAUGUAACUAGUCUAACAAACUAUACUAUUAUGUUCUGUUACCGUUUUGAGACAAUCCUCAUCCAGCUACUCUCAUAUUUACACCAGUGUUUUUAUUGUCAAGAAUGAAAUACCUUUAAAUACCUCUCAUGGAAGUUGUAACAAUAUUUUUCUUACACACGCAUUUCAUCUCUAAAAAAUAAAAGCCACGUAAACAUUAAAAACAA